UUUAGUCAUUUACUUCUAAUCAUUAUUGUAGCCAUUAGCCGCAAUAUCAGCCAUGGUUUUCCAAACAAAUCAACCUCACUUCAUCUUAUUCCCUCUAAUGGCUCAAGGCCACAUCAUCCCCAUGAUGGACAUUGCAAAACUCUUGGCACACCGUGGUGUCAUCGUCACCAUCUUCACCACACCAAAGAACGCUUCCCGUUUCAGUUCAGUUCUUUCUCGCGCCAUCUCUUCCGGCCUUCAAAUCCGAUUAAUAGAGCUCCCAUUUCCAUCUAAGGAAGCAGGUUUACCUGAAGGGUCUGAAAGCUUCGACAUGGUGACUUCUUCAGACGCCAUGGUCAAUUUCUUCCAUGCAAUCACGUUGCUCCAAAAAGCAGCAGAGGAGUUGUUCGAGCAGAUCACACCGAAACCAACUUGCAUUAUCUCUGAUUUUUGCAUUCCUUGGACUUCUCAACUUGCUCAGAAGCAUAACAUCCCAAGAAUCUCUUUCCAUGGCUUUUGCUGCUUCUGCCUCCAUUGCUUGUACAAGAUAAACACUUCCAAGGUUGCUGCGAACAUCACCUCAGAAUUUGAGUACUUCACUAUUCCUGGCAUACCUCACCAAAUUCAAGUCACCAAAAAUCAGGUACCAGGGCAAAUGACAGAUAAAUUGAAGGAUUUUGGUGAGAAGAUGAUGGAUGCUGAAAUGAAGGCAUAUGGUGUGAUCAUAAACACCUUUGAAGAGUUGGAGCAAGAUUAUGUAAAUGACUACAAGAAAGAAAGGAACGGUAAGGUUUGGUGUAUUGGCCCUGUUUCACUAUGCAACAAAGAUGAAAUAGAUAAGGCUCAAAGAGGUAACAAGGCUUCAAUCAAUGAACAGAACUGCUUAGAAUGGCUUGAUUUGCAGCAACCCAAGUCUGUUGUUUAUGCAUGUCUUGGAAGCUUAUGCAAUCUGACCACUUCACACCUUAUAGAAUUGGCAUUGGCUAUGGAAGCAACAAAUAAACCAUUUAUAUGGGUCAUUAGGGAUGGAAAGAACUUGCAUGAAUUGGAGAAUUGGAUCGAAGAAGAAGGGUUUGAAGAAAGAAACAAAGAUAAAGGUCUUAUAAUUCGAGGUUGGGCUCCUCAGGUACUAAUACUAUCACACCCUGCAGUUGGAGGAUUCGUAACACAUUGUGGUUGGAAUUCUACCUUAGAAGCGAUAACGGCUGGCAUGCCAAUGAUUACAUGGCCACUGUUUGCAGAUCAAUUCUUGAAUGAGAAGCUUGUUACUCAAGUUUUAAAGGUUGGUGUGAGCCUUGGUGUGGAGGUUGCAAUGAAGUUUGGGGAGGAAGAGAAGAUAGGUGUUUUGGUGAAGAAGGAAGAUAUUAAAAAUGGAAUAUGCAUGGUGAUGGAUGAAGAAGAAGAAGAGAGCAGAAAGAGAAGAGCAAGGGUCAUUGAACUGAGUAAGAUGGCAAAGAGAGCAGUUGAGAAAGGUGGAUCUUCAUAUCUUAAUAUGAGUCUUCUUAUUCAACAAAUUAUGAAGCAUACAAGCGGUGGAGAGCAGGACUUAGAGUUAACACGUUAGCGUCUCCUGCCCUAGGGUAGGUAAUAAUAAUGUUGAAUUUAUAGCACGUUAAGUGUAUAAUAAUGGAAAAUGAUAGGCUAAUAGCCUAAUAUAGGGAUUCAUAAUUCUAGCACAUGGACUGUCUUCUUCAGUUCAUUUUAUCCAGGAAAAUUGUAAUUGUUAAUUAUUUGCACAUUUAUUACAGCUUAUUAUAAUGUAAAUUGA